AUGCCGGUCAGAGCGACAGAUCCUCGGUUGGCACCACGAUAUGAAGAAGUGGAACGUCAGUACGCCUCAUUACCAAGACGAGGCCCAAUGGAUCCAGUGGACUACCCCAUUCAGCCCUGGGCAGGUCAUUACCCCGGACCCCCUCAGGCCCCACAGGGAUACCCUCAGUCCCCAUCCUACCCUAACCCUAACUCCCAGUCGGCCCCGUCCUACCCUAGCUACCCGCCUGGUCAGCCAUAUCCCCGGCAGGUCGACCCCCGGGGCGUUGACCCCCGGGGCGUUGACCCCCGGGGCGUUGACCCUGGGUACCACCCCCACCCAAGCUCUCAGCAGAGAGGCCCCUUGCGGCAGGACGUGCCCCCGUCUCCCACCCCUCCACUUCGUGGGCUGCGGUACGACACUAUGACACGUGCAACAACGGGUGGGGGUUACAGGCACAUGGUGGAUCCCGGUCCAGAACAAUAUGGCUACCCUGGGGAGGGAGGGCGACAGCAACACCAAAACCAAACCAACCCAAGACAGAAGAAUGCCAUGACAGCAGCUGUGUAGACGAAUCAGCUCCAGACAUGAGAAUGAGCAGAAUGCUAAUUGCUUUGUGAUUUGCAGCUCUUCUGCUUGCGGUACUCCAAUGACAUAGAAUUGAAACCUCUAAUUUGAAUCACUAUUAUUAUCAAACAUUCUCUACGCCGUUUGAAGUAUAUGGUAAUACACAGAAAGGUAAAGGAGGUUAAUUAUAGAGUGGUUGGCAUAAUGCAUAAUGUCUUCUUGUUUGAAGUCUUUUAAAUUGAUUUGAGCCUUCCCGCCGUAUAAAAUUAGCAAGGUUUUUUUUUUCAAUGUACUCUGAUUUAGUCGUCUCUUUCAAGAAUCAGACAGAGCCACAAAGGUAAUUGGGUCCAUUUGAAUUAAGGCGUUACAUAAAGCUCUACAUUUUCUGUAUUGCACCUCAUGGUUUUACUGCUGCCGCACAAACAGGACAAAAGAUAAUAGAUUCUAAAGUACAAUAUAGCAUUGCUUUGUGGUCUUCUAACUCCAUUCAAACAUCUAAAUGACACAUUCUAGCAUCAGUGUUCUUGUGCAAUAAAGCCAAAUGUAAAGACUAUUUAGAGUGUUCCCAAUAAAGUGGCUGUUAGUCUCCUCGAGUUGAGAAGUAGAAGAUGAUGUUGAAAAUGUUCCAAAAAUCCCAUAGCUAUUGUCAUUUCAUGUCAUUCUACCACUUAGGUGUGUUUUUGAAUAUUUCACUUUAUUUUGAGUGACUUCUUCAAUGAAUGAAAACAUAUUUUUUACACUUACAUUUUCCAAGUCAUCGGUACUCAAUUCAUGGUACAACUUGUGUUUAUUGAAUCUAUCCAAUGUGACCUGAGUUUUGCUUAAUUAUGUCAGGCAAUACAUUCAGGGUCACUGUUUAACCUUUAUCAAACCACUACAAUCGGCCAUUUGGUCAUAUCUCAGUCUUGUAGCAGGCUUUAUGUGAUGGAAUAUUGACGAUUGCAGAACCGAUAGGUUAACGAAAAACCAACAGGACAAACAUUAAGACUAGGUAUAGCCUUAUAAUAUCUGGGCUAAGAUCUAUUCUUCCUUGCGCUACUCAGAGUUUAGUAAAAAGGGAUUCAACGAGAGAGUUAAGAUAUGACAUGUACGACUGGAUUGUUUGAGAAAUAGCCAAUUAUCAAGCUAAUAAAAAGCUCUAUUAUUGUAAGAUAAAUGCCGAUGAGUCCCCCAGAUUAAGUUUCGGCGAUGUGUUCUGCCUAUUUUUUACUUCUGCCUGGAAUAUUUACCUGCAUGCAACAAGAGCCUAAUCAAACAUCAACGGGAAAUACCACUAGGACUCAAACCGGAAGCCAGAACCCUUCCGUUACCAGUAUCUCGUCCAAUCUAAUCUGAAGAUCAAUAUUCAGAUAUAUCUUCAAAAACUUUAAUGACUUAGAGAUGUUUAUACUGUAAACCACUGCUGGGUAAACCAGGCAGAAAAGGUAAUCAUAUAACUGACCAGUUGUCAGUGCUUAUCUUCCCUCUGUGUUACUUAGCAGCCUCUUUUUCUCGUUUUCUGUGUAUGCCAUGUACUGUAGUUCGGUGUGAUGGAUGGCACAUCUCUGUGACCUGGUGGUGUAGGCGUCACCGCGUGGUGGAGUGCUUACAAGUCCUGUUGAAACAUGGAUUGAGCUCCAGAGUGCUCUCCUCAGCACUGCACCACAGAGUAUAUCCAUUUAGCCACUUACUCUACCAUCAAUUAAGUGAAACCGAGAGUGAGAGUCCAGCUCACCAUUUCUGUGUUUCGCUCUACAAAGCUCAGCAGUAUUAAUUUCAAUGGAGAUUAAAUGUUUAAAAUUACUUUUCAGGAUUAGGUGAAUUGCAUUUUAUGAGAUGAGGAUGAAACCCACUGUAGUGAAUGUAACAAUAGGCGCUUUCACACCAAGUACUUUUCCUAGGAAUAGUUCCCGGAAUUAAUUCCCCGGAACUCUUUAGUUCCGGAACUAUCUAGUAGAUCGCGUUCACACCGGAAUAAGUCCCUGAGGGAGGAUUACGCAAAUGAAGCCGCUGACGUCAC